AUGUCUCUUCAAACCUCUGUAUUGUAUGUAUAUGGGAAGAAGGCUCCAGUUCGGCCAUCAGCUCGUAAAGCAUCAAGUGGCCGCGGCUCGAUUGCCUCAGCCAACCAUGGCCUUUUCAGCGAUGAUUUUCGUACUACAAAGAAAGAUAAGCGGUUGAUCAAACACUCCACGUUCAUGGCCAAGGUGGCAAAGACGAACAAGAAGACCACCAAGCGAAGACGCCUGUCGAAAAAACUCGUCGCCAACCUCGAUUCUCUCGCAGAUGCCCUUCCCGACGCCGAGCAAAACGAUCCAUCUGAAUCGAACAGCCAGAUACACGUUAUCCAGCAUAAGACGUUGAGGAACCGUCCGGGAGCGAUGAAGAGGAAAGAGAAGAUGGAACAGCUCGAGCGCGACAGGUUUAUGAAGAACAUGUCGCAGAUGAAUAACAUCGAACAAACGGCCGCGAAGGUGUCAACGGCUGGGCCUAGUACUGCUACCGAGUCGGACUCAACGUCAAGUCGCUGGGCGGCACUCAGGGGGUUCAUUUCUCAGACGAUGGAACACCAGCCUGCAUUCAAGAAUGGGAAAUGA